ACAUAGGUCAUCAAGAGAGUCGACAUUUUGUUCGCUCGUGAGCAAAAUAAACCAUCGAAGGUUGUUUCAAGGCAACUUGUUGAUCAUAGUUUCUGUCGACUGACAGUUGCCGGCUUCCGUCAUGUGGUACGAGAUUCUGCCGGGCAUCGGCGUCAUGUUCGUGGCACUGCUCAUUCCGGGUUUAGCAACCAUUCAUAUACACAAGUUCACCAACGGAGGAAAGGAAAAGAGAAUCGCUCGAGUUCCGUGGCAAUGGUCUCUGAUGGAGAGGGACAGGCGCGUGUCGGGGACAGGACGGUAUUAUGACUCUAAGGGACUUGAGAACAUCCACUGAUGACCAGAAGCAUGGAAACCCUGAUAAGAAGAAUGUUGGACAUUAAAAGAUUAUAUCUAACAUGCAGCUGUUGAUUGUGUUCAGUCUUUUAAGGCAGGCGCCCCGGUUACCUAUUCAACUGUUCAAACCUGUAAUUCUUCCGAGGCUUCUCGGCUCAUAUGUUAAAUUUCAAAAGAAACAAACAAGAGAUUCGUGUUUAAAUCAAAUAAACGUUUUACACCUGUU